AUGUCCUUCGGCGACGGCAACGUCAGACAGCCUCCUUUGCCGCCUGGUCUCCGACGGCUUCACGCUCUACCCUCUCCGCAGCCUAUACCUCGCCUCCCAGGUAAGCCAGGGCAGAGGGCAGAUCCAGCAGGUCCCUGGUCUGGUUGGAGCAUCGAAAGCGUGGCUGCACGGACUUCCUCUCCGAUCUUCCUUGGUUUGAUCCUUCUGAUGAACUCCCCAUUGAGUAUUGAUGUGCAAGGUGUAGGAAAGAACCGACAAGCAGGAGCACAACUAGCUCAUCGAUGGCGACGAUGCAAGGUGUUGUGA